CACGUGGUGCAUUCAGGGUCUCACUCUCCUGCAACUACCUCUCUGGCCUUGGCUGCAGCUCUGGUUUCUUCCAUUCUUUCGGACCCAGACUGACAUGGCUCCGGCUACUAUGGCAGCUGCAAGGAGAGCUCUCUGCCUAGCUGUCCCGCUUUUCCGGCGCGGUUACCAGACGGAGAGGGGCGUCUAUGGCUACCGGCCUAGGAAGGCCGAGAGCGGAGAGCCCCGAGGCGACCGUACACGCCCCUCAGUUGAUCACGGCCUUGCCAGGUUGGUGACAGUUUAUUGUGAGCAUGGCCACAAAGCCGCCCAGAUCAACCCUCUCUUUCCGGGACAAGCCCUGCUGGAUACUGUGCCUGAAAUCCAAGCCCUCGUACAGACCCUGCAGGGACCCUUCACUACCACAGGACUGUUGAACAUGGGCAAAGAAGAGGCUUCUCUUGAGGAAGUCUUAGCCUAUUUGAACCAUAUCUUCUGCGGGCCAAUUUCUAUUGAAACCGCACAGCUUCAGAGCCAGGAGGAGAAAGAUUGGUUUGCCAGAAGGUUUGAGGAGCUGAAAAAGGAGUCGUUUACCACAGAAGAGCGAAAACACCUGGCAAAACUAUUGCUAGAAUCUCAGGAGUUUGACCACUUUUUGGCCACCAAGUUUGCCACAGUGAAGAGAUAUGGCGGUGAAGGGGCUGAGAGCAUGAUGGGAUUUUUUCAUGAGUUACUGAAGUCGUCAGCCUAUGGCGGUAUAACUGAUGUCAUUAUUGGGAUGCCCCAUAGAGGGAGGCUUAAUUUGUUGACAGGCCUUCUGCAGUUACCUCCAGAGCUGAUGUUCCGUAAAAUGCGAGGUUUAAGUGAAUUUCCAGAAAACGUCUCAGCCAUUGGAGAUGUCCUGUCCCAUCUGACCUCCUCGGUGGACCUAGACUUUGGUGCCCACCGUCCCCUCCAUGUGACAAUGCUGCCUAAUCCCUCUCAUCUGGAAGCCGUUAACCCUGUGGCUGUCGGGAAGACUCGCGGCAGGCAGCAGUCUCGGGGAGAGGGGGACUACUCACUGCACGGUUCUGCUCAGCCUGGGGACAGAGUCAUUUGCCUGCAGGUUCAUGGUGAUGCGUCCUUCUGUGGCCAAGGGAUUGUCCUUGAAACGUUCACGCUCUCUAACCUCCCACAUUUCAGAGUUGGUGGGAGUAUCCACCUAAUCGUCAACAACCAGCUGGGCUACACCACGCCAGCGGAGAGAGGAAGGUCUUCCUUAUACAGCAGUGAUAUUGGAAAGCCCGUAGGCUGUGCCAUCAUCCACGUCAACGGGGACAGUCCAGAGGAAGUGGUCCGAGCCACGAGACUUGCUUUUGAAUAUCAGCGCCAGUUCCGAAAGGAUGUGAUUAUUGAUUUGUUAUGCUAUAGGCAGUGGGGCCAUAAUGAGCUGGAUGAACCUUUCUUCACCAACCCAGUCAUGUAUAAGAUCAUCAGAGCCCGGAAGAGCAUCCCUGACACCUAUGCGGAGCACCUCAUUGCCAGUGGACUCCUGACCCAGGAGGAGGUCUCUGGCAUAAAAGCCUCCUACUACACCAAGUUAAAUGACCACUUAACCAAUGCGGCCCACUACAGCCCCCAGGCCACUAACCUGCAGGCCCACUGGCAGGGCCUGGCACAGCCAGAAGCACGCAUCACCACCUGGGACACAGGUGUGCCCCUCGACCUCCUUCACUUUAUUGGUGUGAAGUCCGUGGAGGUCCCAGAGGAGCUGCAACUACACAGCCACCUUCUCAAGAUGUAUGUUCAGUCAAGGAUGGAGAAGGUGAAGCAGGGAACAGCUUUGGACUGGGCCACAGCAGAAACCCUUGCCUUGGGCUCCUUACUUGCUCAAGGUUUCAAUGUUCGUCUGAGUGGCCAAGAUGUUGGCCGUGGAACUUUCAGUCAAAGGCACGCCAUGGUGGUUUGCCAGAACACAGAUGAUGCCUACAUUCCUCUGAACCACAUGGACCCGAGUCAGAAAGGGUUUCUGGAGGUUAGCAACAGCCCGCUGUCAGAAGAGGCUGUCCUGGGGUUUGAAUAUGGAAUGAGCAUUGAGAGCCCAAAGUUGCUGCCCCUCUGGGAAGCUCAGUUUGGUGAUUUCUUCAAUGGAGCCCAGAUCAUCUUUGACACAUUCAUCUCUGGAGGAGAGGCCAAGUGGCUCCUGCAGAGUGGCAUUGUCAUCCUCCUUCCACAUGGCUAUGAUGGGGCUGGACCUGACCACUCAUCUUGCCGAAUAGAGCGGUUCUUGCAGAUGUGCGAUAGUGCAGAAGAAGGGGUGGACAGCGACACUGUGAACAUGUUUGUGGUACACCCAACUACGCCCGCUCAGUAUUUCCACUUGCUUAGAAGACAAAUGAUCCGGAAUUUCAGAAAACCUCUCAUUGUUGCUUCUCCCAAAGUGUUACUCAGGUACCCUGCAGCUGUGUCAGCUCUUCAGGAAAUGGCCCCAGGAACAGCAUUCAAACCUGUCAUUGGCGAUUCAUCAGUAGAUCCAAAAAACGUUAAAACUCUCAUAUUUUGCUGUGGUAAACAUUUUUAUGCUCUGCUGAAGCAAAGAGAAUCUUUGGGGGCCAAGAAGCAUGACUUUGCCAUCAUUCGAAUAGAGGAACUCUGCCCUUUCCCACUGGAUUCAUUACAACAAGAGAUGAGCAAAUACAAACAUGUUAAAGAUAUUAUUUGGAGUCAGGAGGAGCCUCAGAACAUGGGUCCAUGGUUUUUUGUUUCUCCAAGGUUUGAAAAACAGCUGGCCUGCAAGCUCCGUCUUGUAAGCCGGCCCCCUUUGCCAGCACCUGCAGUAGGAAUUGGCACCGUGCACCAGCAGCAGCAUGAAGACAUCCUCACCAAGACCUUUGCUUCAUAAUGUGCUUUGAGAAAAACAGGAUUGCCUUUUAAGCAAAGUGCUGUAAAGGUGAACCUGCUUCUCCCACCCUUCCUCCUUUCCUCCGGCUAGCGUGGAAGUCCGUGGAGUGAUUUGGACAAAUGACUCUGGAAUAAGUGGAAUAAGUGGGGAAUGAUUUUAUAAGUAAUGAAAGAGAUAGUAGAUUAUUAUCCUUUGCAGGACAAUAGUGUUUGUUAUGCUUUGGUUCGAUAUGAAUGAACUGGAAAAGGAGGUCAUUAGCCAGAUGUAUUCAGACUCCACUGUAACUGACCAUAAAUGAGCAAGGAAAGUUCUUUGGCUAAAACGUGGGGCUGUAUAUAGGCAGUGUAUAGGCAGCCCCAACACGACCACUUACUUGUUUAGUGCACAUGACUUAUCUUAAUUUUCCCCCUUUUCAAAGCCCUCUAAACAGCAGUAUUUUUGUUUUAAGACAUCUCUGAGCCACUCUACGAAAUGUUCCACCCCAUACCAGUAGAAUCAGACCAUUCCGGAUUUGUGUUCUUUCAGGGUUUAUCCAUUAUCAUGAAAAGUAAAUCCUGUUAAAUACAACUUUCUGAUUGUGCGAUCUUCUAGCUGUGUGUGCUGAGACACACACAGUUGUUGUCCUGUUGUCCAGGCUGGCCUCAUCCUCACUGUAGAGCAGAGGAUGACUGACUGAACUUCUGCUCUUUCUGCCUCUACUUCCUGAGUGCUGGGACUCCUCACUUGUGCGGUCAUGCCUAGUUAGUACUGGUGAUGAGGAUCAAGUGGUAGGGAGGACUCUACCAACUGAGCUGCUGCCCUGGCCCCUAGUGACUUUUAAAUUAUGAAGUGUUAGCUGUAUUAAAACUGGCUUGUGCUUUAUUUUACCAUUAAG